UGCCGCCAAAAAAUUUCCCGGCAAAUGAAAGCUGAAAUGGAAACCCAAACUCCAUUUCGUCUUCCCGCCAACACUUCCCGCAUUUUCUCAGGCCAUUAAAAUGCAAACCACCUCUCUCUCUCUCUCUCUCUCUCUCUCUCCACACGACAAUUCCGAGAUCCCCAAAACAUGGACGUCACAGACAUAGCCAAGAAGCUAGGCCUCUCGGAAUCGAAGCCCGUGAUCCGUAAGGCCGCCGAGCUCCGCCGCCUCUGCGACAUCCAAUUCGACUGUUCCGUCAUCGGAAUCGGAGAGAUUUGUAAGGCCGUUAUUUGCUUGGAAAUCGCUGCUACCAGGUUUGAUGUAAUGGUCGAUCGACAAAGCGCGAUAAAGUUAAGUGGGAUGUCUGAGAAGGCCUACAACAGGUCCUUCAAUGCAAUGCAGAAUGGCCUUGGUGUCAAGAACAAGCUUGAUAUCAGAGAACUAGCCAUUCGGUUCGGAUGUGUUCGACUCAUUCCUUUUGUCCAGAGAGGUUUAUCUCAGUACAAGGACCAGUUUCUUAAGUCAUUACCAGCUACCCGUCGGGCUAGUGCUGACUUCACUCGCCCUGUAUUUACUGCUGUGGCAUUUUACUUGUGUGCAAAGAAGCAUAAGCUCAAGGUUGAUAAGAUGAAGUUAAUUGAGCUAUGUGGUACAUCAGAAUGUGAAUUUUCAAGUGUGGCUACCUCCAUGAGGGACCUUUGCUAUGAUGUGUUUGGGAUAUCAAGGGAAAAGAAAGAUCCAAGGGAAGUGAAAGGCAACAGAGACUUGCUGGAUGCAUUACCGGAAAAAAGGAGAUUUGAGGAUGGUGGUUAUUUAUCAGAUGAUGCAAAAGAGCUUCCUGGAAAGAACAAAAAGAGGAAAAGGGCAAGCUCAAAAGAAUUGGAUAGAUGAGCUUUUGGCGUCUAACAAGCAACUGUAAAUAAUGACAGCUAGGAUCAUGGAUACACUGAACAUUUUCAGAGUUCAAGGAGAGCUUGCUGGGCUGAUUUCUUGUGUACGAGGUUGGUGGCCCGGAGAAUGGCAAGAUCUUUUUGUGUCGAUACUUUCUUUUGUAAUGAGGUCAUAAAUCAACUUCCUUUUUCGGUCUUUCGCUGUCAUGACUCAUUUACAUCUCUUCUAUUAUUAUCAGUAUUUUGUUAAAACAGUUCGUCGACAAUUACUUCAUGUUUUGAUUCCUGUGUUACUUUGUUGGUGUUUGGAAAUAUGAAGGUUUAUCAUUGAGUUCUAA